CGGCAACUCCGCUGCUGCUGCAGCAGCAGCAGCAGCAGCAGCAGCAGCAGCAGCAGCAGCGAGGCGGCGGGGACGCGAAGCAGCUCGUCCACGAACGGCACGCCGCGGCGGCGCCAGCUGCUGGCUGCGCGGGCGCAGCGGCAGCCGCGGCGACGGAGCAGCAGCCGCUGCUGCUGCAGCAGCAGCAGCAGCAGCAGCAGCAGCAGCAGCAGCAGAAACCCGCGGGGGACGCGGCUCCACCUGCAGCUGACCGGGCGCCCACGCAGCCGCAGCUGCAGCUGCAGCAGCAGCACCACCGAAAGCAGCACUUGCUGCUGCCGGGCAAUGCAGCAAGGGACAGCAGCAGCGACAGCAGCAGCCCGCCUCCCUGGUGCACGGACGACCCCGCAGCAGCAGCAGCAGCAACAAACGGCCAGCAGCAAAACACCGAGGCCGCAGCGCGCAGCUGCUCUCAAGCAGCAGCAGCAGCAGCAGCAGCAGCGCCGGAUUUCCCUCCCGGCGGCCAAACGAAGCGGCGGCGCAUGAGACAGCAGCAGCUAGCAGCAGCAGCAGCAGCAGCAGCAGCAGCAGCGUGUAGCCCGCCCUCUUUGGUCUCGAGCUCCCCCGACCUGGCCUCUUGCCUGCCCGUAGCGCCCACGCCCAGCCCAGCAACAGCAGCAGCAGCAGCAGCAGCAGCAGCAGCAGCAGCAGCAGCAGGCGCAUGCGACGUGCGGGGAGUCUACCACGACAUCCGCAACAACGCGUGGGCAGCAACAAUUGGCAUUGGAGGCAAAACCCUAAAAAGGAGUUUCUCUGUUGCUAAGCAUGGUUCUGCUGCUGCGCUGCAGCUAGCCAUACAGGCGAGGAAGCAGCUGGAGGCGCUGUACGCCCGCAGCAGCAGCAGCAGCAGCAGCAGCAGCAGCAGCAGCAGGGGCUGCAGCACCCCCGGGAGCGGCGGCGGCAACAGCAGCAGGAAAGCCAACGCGCAGCACACACAGAGGGCGUGGAUGCAGCAGUAUCAACCCCAGGCUGCUGCUGCUGCUGCUGCUGCUGCUGCUGCUGCUCGGCCAGCUGUGACGGACACAGCACCAGACAAUAGGCCACAGCAACUGGAGCAGCAGCAGCUGCUGCAGCAGCAGCUGUCGCUCCAGCAGGCAGCAGCAGCAGCUGCAAUCGCGGCGGGGAGCGGCGGCAUGCUAUCUCUUCCAGGGCUGGACCAGCAGCAGCAGCUGCUGCUGCUGCAGCAGCAGCAUCGCUCUAUUGCAGAUGCUGCGGGUGCAGCUCCAGGAGGGGGAACACUGCUGCCUCCAACUGCUGCAGCAGCAGCAGUUGCUGCUGCUGCUGCUGCGCGUGCAGCAACAGCCCUUGGUGAUGCAGUUGACCCUGCAGCAGCUCCUGCAGCAGCAGCAACUCCAGCAGCAGCUGCUCCUGUUGCUGCGCCUUUCUCAGUUCAGGCAAGCGACAACGCGCCGGCAGCCGGCAGCAGCAGCAGCAGCAGCAGCAGCAGCAGCAGCAGCAGCACAUUGCUGGAUGCAGGCUGUCCUGUGGGUCCUCAUGUUGCAGAGGCUCUUGCGGCGCUGCUGCAGCAAACGGAUGUACAGCGGGCUGUGCUGCUGCAGGGCCAGCUGCGGUCCUGGUGUGCGCAGCAGGAGCUGCUGCAGCAGCAGUUGCUGCUGCAGGAGCAGCAUCGCCUCCUGCGUCAGUUCCACAUGCAGCAGCAGCAGCAGCAGCAGCAGCAGCAGCAGCAGCUUCUGGGGGGCCCCUUUAAAGAGAAGCAACAAGCAACUCACGCAAGCCAGCCAACAGCAGUGCCUGCGUGCGGAGCAAGCGCUGCUGCUGCUGCUGCUGCUGCUGCUGCUGCUGGUGCUCUGCCGGCACGCUGCAGAACUAGCCCAAUCGGGACUCCUGACUCAGCAGCAGCAGCAGCAGCAGCAGCAGAAACUGCAGCUACUGUUGAAGGUGGCGCUGCUGCUCGAGUCGCAGAAAGCUGCAGCGAACUAGGCGGUGCAGCAGCAGCAACAGCUGCGGCAGCAGCAGCCAGUCCUCUUGCUGCUGUUGCUCCUCUUGUUUCUCCUUCAAACCUGGCGCGCAGCUCCUUAGAAGCAGCAGCAGCAGCAGCAACAGCAGCAACAGCAACAGCAACAGCAGCAACAGCAGCUCCCGAAUGA